GCGGUCUGGGAGACCAUUCUGCUGUAGCGAGGAGACGGGACGGUUCUGCGUGUGUGCAGCCAUAGGCCGGAUGGUUAAAUCCAACCUACAGACGAUACUGAAUAGCCACUGUUUUGUCAGAGAAAAAGAAGGAAAUAUAACCAAAAUGCCAGUCAUCCGAUUGACCAGUAAUAUCAACAAAAGCGAAAGCACUAGGAAUGUGUGCCGAGAGCAGCUCCUGCAGUUCUCCAGUCAGGGCGAGUCCCUGCCCCCACCAGGGCCCCAGGUCAUCGGUGAUCUGCCUCCCUGCACCGCCGCGCCGCCGGCCCCCGCGGACGUGUCGAAACCCGCGGAUGCUGGAGCAGCUCCCGGAAGCCAGCUCUUGCUGCAGGAGUGGGCCGGAUCUGCAGUGGAGCUGGGAGGUCAGGAGGUCUCCGCUCCCGCUGUGGCUGACUGGUCCACGCGCAGGGGGGUGGGAGACGAGCUCGUGCGGGCGUUCGCCUCUCGCCUCCGACUGCUGGGCCCUGGCCGUUCAGCGCGACCCAUCUGGGGGGGAGCAGGGUGCGGCGGCAGGCUGCUGGUGCGCGAGGAGCCCCCGUGCCCGGCGGCGGGGCGCGUGCGGUUCCUGCAGUUCGAGCCGCGCCGGGCGGAGGGGCCCCACUGUGCCUGGAGGGGGGCCCUGCGUGGGGCCAGCCUGUACGUCGAGAUCCCCCCCGGCACCCUGCCCGAGGGCAGCAAGGACAGCUUUGCCCUGCUGCUGGAGUUUGCAGAGGAGCAGCUGAAGGUCGAUCACGUCUUCAUCUGCUUCCACAAGAACCGCGAUGACAGAGCUCUGUUGCUGCGCACCUUCAGUUUCCUGGGCUUUGAGAUUGUGAGACCCGGCCACCCCCUCGUCCCCCCCAGGCCUGAUGCCUUCUUCAUGGUCUACGCCAUUGAGAGAGACUCCGACGACGAUUAAUGUGGACGCCCCCCCCAUCCCCCCAACCCUCCCUUCUCUGAGCUGUUCUGUUUUUAUCUCCCCCGUUAGCUGCCCCAGUAAUCCUGUCCUCCGCUGGACCUGCUGUUCAUCUCGGAAGAUGUAAUAUUUAUGUUCAGAUCGCCC